AUGGCCCAGCCCAAAUUGCUGCUUCUUGGUUUGGAUCACUUCAAAUUUUUGGACCAAUGGACCAAUUUUUGGUGUAACGCUUACCAAAUAAGCGGAUUUGAUCAGCUGAUGAUCCUAGCUUUUGUUUCAAUAUACCAAGAUCUUGUGGCUCCAUCCCUGUGGGCUGAAGUUGAUUUUCCAAUAGCCGCCGCCGCUCGCCUCUCGCCGCCCGCCGCUUGCCGCCGCACCUCCGCCAUGGCCUCCCCCUACGAUCCCACUUCUCGGGAGGCGUUUCCUAAGAAGAAAUCAGCCCCAUUCAAGUUCUUGGUUCCUCUCAUCUAUGCCCCUGUUCUUCCUCUCAUUAGAAUUGCGCUGCGGAAGAAUCCUGUUGUGAGGGAUCGGCUUUUCACGGCGGUUUUAGCUGGUGCUUUUGCCCAUGGCUUUUACCUGGUAACUGAUAUCUACGACGCCGAGAGCAAGUGAUACUUGGAUACCCAUAAUUCUUAGUAUCAUAGCUUACUCUAAUGGUAAUAAAUACGGUACAUUAUCGAUGGAUGCCCUUUGUUUACUCAGUCUCUGAGCACUCUGCCUUUGAAAAUUUUGUGUAUUACUUGCUACACUUCAUUAUUGUUCAAAUCAAUUAAUGCUUUCCUUUUUCUUCA